UGCCAUCGGACGCGGUUUAUCGGUGAAUUUUCUAGAAUCGCAAAUUGCGUUUUUGCUGUGCUAUUACCCAAAGUUUCUGCAAUGGCUGACGACAAGAAAGAUCCGAAAGGUUCGGAAUCCGAGCAUAUCAACCUCAAGGUCCUUGGGCAAGACAACGCCGUCGUGCAAUUCAAGAUUAAGAAGCACACGCCGCUUCGCAAACUGAUGAACGCCUACUGCGACCGAGCCGGGCUUUCGUUGCAAGUAGUCCGAUUCCGCUUUGACGGCCAACCGAUCAACGAAAAUGACACACCUACGACACUGGAAAUGGAGGAAGGUGAUACGAUUGAAGUGUACCAGCAGCAGACCGGCGGCGAUCACCAUGCCAUUCAAUGAGCUUUGCCCCAGUGGAAGGAAGAGUGAGGUCAUUAUUUCAUGCCUGAUGCUCUGCUACAACCGAUUGGAUGCGCAUCGCUAACUUUUAGGCUAAGUGUGACGGUUUAAGCCACUUGUAUUAUGUAAGCGCUUGAAUUUAUAACAGAAUAAACACCUUAUACU